AGCCCUACCUGCCUGGCGCAUCAUGGUCCAGAGGCUGUGGGUGAGCCGCCUGCUGCGGCAUCGGAAAGCCCAGCUCCUGCUGGUCAAUCUGCUGACCUUCGGCCUGGAGGUGUGCCUGGCUGCAGGUAUCACCUACGUGCCACCCCUGCUGUUGGAAGUGGGGGUAGAGGAGAAGUUCAUGACCAUGGUGCUGGGCAUCGGUCCAGUGCUGGGUCUGGUCUCGGUCCCACUCCUAGGCUCAGCCAGCGACCACUGGCGUGGGCGCUAUGGUCGCCGGAGGCCCUUCAUCUGGGCGCUGUCCCUGGGUGUCCUACUGAGCCUCUUCCUCAUCCCGAGGGCCGGCCGCCUGGCGGGGCUGCUGUGCCCGGACACCAGGCCCCUGGAGCUGGCACUGCUAAUCCUGGGCGUGGGGCUGCUGGACUUCUGCGGCCAGGUGUGCUUCACUCCGCUGGAGGCCCUCCUCUCUGACCUCUUCCGGGACCCAGACCACUGUCGCCAGGCGUUCUCCGUCUACGCCUUCAUGAUCAGCCUUGGGGGCUGCCUGGGCUACCUUCUGCCUGCCAUCGACUGGGAUGCCAGUGCCCUGGCCCCCUACCUGGGCACCCAGGAAGAGUGCCUCUUUGGCCUGCUCACUCUCAUCUUCCUCACUUGCGUGGCAGCCACACUGUUUGUGGCUGAGGAGGCAGCGCUGGGCCCAGCCGAGCCAGUGGAAGGGCUGUCGGUCCCCUCUGUACCACCCCACUGCUGCCCGUGCCACGCCCGCCUGGCUUUCUGGAACCUGCGCACCCUCUUUCCCCGGCUGCACCAGCUCUGUUGCCGCAUGCCUCGCACCCUACGCCGACUCUUCGUGGCCGAGCUGUGCAGUUGGAUGGCAUUCAUGACCUUCACACUGUUUUACACAGACUUUGUGGGCGAGGGGCUGUACCAGGGUGUUCCCAGGGCUGAGCCAGGCACCGAGGCCCGGAGACACUAUGAUGAAGGGGUCCGGAUGGGCAGCCUGGGGCUGUUCCUGCAGUGUGCCAUCUCCCUGCUCUUCUCUCUGGUCAUGGACCGGCUGGUGCAGCGAUUCGGCACCCGGGCAGUCUAUCUGGCCAGCGUGGUGGCUUUCCCUGUGGCUGCCGGUGCCACGUGCCUGUCCCACAGCGUGGUGGUGGUGACCGCUUCAGCUGCCCUCACUGGGUUCACCUUCUCUGCCCUGCAGAUCCUGCCGUACACGCUAGCAUCCCUCUACCACCGGGAGAAGCAGGUUUUCCUGCCCAAAUACCGCGGAGAUGAUGGAGGUGGUGCCAGUGAGGACAGCCUGAUGACCAGCUUCUCGCCGGGCCCUAAGGCCGGAUCUCCCUUCCCCAAUGGACACGCGGGUGCUGGAGGCAGCGGCCUGCUCCCUCCUCCACCUGCACUCUGUGGGGCCUCUGCCUGCGAUGUCUCCAUGCGUGCAGUGGUGGGCGAGCCACCCGAGGCCAGGGUUGUUCCGGGCCGGGGCAUCUGCCUGGACCUUGCCGUCCUGGACAGUGCCUUCCUGCUGUCCCAGGUGGCCCCGUCUCUGUUUAUGGGCUCCAUUGUUCAGCUCAGCCAGUCUGUCACUGCCUAUAUGGUGUCGGCUGCAGGUCUGGGUCUGGUUGCCAUUUACUUUGUCACACAGGUGGUAUUUGACAAGAGCGACUUGGCCAAAUACUCUGUGUAGAGUACUUCCAGCCCACUGAGGGAGGACCUGCCUCACUGGGUCCCAGCUCUCCCUAUUCCAGUCUCCCGUUGGCCCGGUAGGGCUGGGGGCUGGCCUUCCAGUUUCUAUUGCUGCCAAAGUGGUGUGGCUCUCUGCUGCCUCCCUGUGGCAGUGAGGUACAUAGCUGCACAAGUAGGGGACUGGGGCUUCUUCCCUCCCACCUCUCCUCAGUCUUUGGGGCUGGCUGACUGGAAGCUCUCCAGAAGGCUUCAGUCUGGACUUCCACAAGGAAAGAAGGGCAGGGCAUUUAAUUAACUCUGUGCACUGGAAUGCAGGCCUCUGCCGGGGGAUCACCCAGGCUCAGGGUUAACAGCUAGUGUCCUGGUUGAGAAAUACCCAGAGAAGGGAUUUGGGGAGCUGGGUAAACUCAGCCACCUGGUCUCCUACAACCAAGGCCUCUUAUCCCAUAGGUUCUCCCAGUGUCGCUCUUGCAUGGGAGUUUGUAAUGUGAAACGCUCCUCUACCGGAUUUG